AUGCGCAGUAGAAAAGUUAACCGGGCUCAACCCUCUUUCGCGCUAACAAUACAUUAUUUCAAAGCAAAUAGAAGUCCUCCUGGGCCGAGUCCUCCUGGGCCGAGUCCGAGUCCUCCUGGGCCGAGUCCGAGUCCUCCUGGGCCGAGUCCGAGUCCUCCUGGGCCGAGUCCGAGUCCCCCUGGGCCGAGUCCGAGUCCUCCUGGGCCGAGUCCGAGUCCUCCUGGGCCGAGUCCGAGUACCUCCUGGGCGAGUCCGAGUACCUCCUGGGCGAGUCCCGAGUCCUCCUGGGCCGAGUCCCCGCGUCCUCCUGGGGGGGGGCGAGUCCGAGUCCUCCUGGCGAGUCCGCGAGUCCUCCCUGGCCGAGUCCGAGUCCUCCUGGGCCGGUCCGAGUCCUCCUGGGCCGACGUCCGAGUCCUCCUGGGCCGAGUCGCGCGUCCUCCUGGGCCGAGUCCGAGUCCUCCUGGGCCGAGUCCGAGUCCUCCUGGGCCGAGUCCCGAGUCUCCUGGGCCGAGUCCGAGUCCUCCUGGGCCGAGUCCGAGUCCUCCGGGGCCGAGUCCGAGUCCUCCUGGGCCGAGUCCGAGUCCUCCUGGGCCGAGUCCGAGUCCUCCUGGGCCGAGUCCGAGUCCUCCUGGGCCGAGUCCGAGUCCUCCUGGGCCGAGUCCGAGUCCUCCUGGGCCGAGUCCGAGUCCUCCUGGGCCGAGUCCGAGUCCUCCUGGGCCGAGUCCGAGUCCUCCUGGGCCGAGUCCGAGUCCUCCUGGGCCGAGUCCGAGUCCUCCUGGGCCGAGUCCGAGUCCUCCUGGGCCGAGUCCGAGACGUCUCUCCUGGGCCGAGCGAGUCUCACAUGGGCCGAGUCCGAAGUCCUCCUGGGCCGAGUCCGAGCUCCUCCUGACCCGGAGUCCGAGGUACUCCUGGCCGGUCCGAGUCCUCCUGGGCCGAGUCCCGAGUCCUCCUGGGCCGAGUCCGAGUCCCUCCUGGGCGAGUCCGAGAGUCCCUCCUGGGCCGAGUCCGAGUCCUCCUGGGCCGAGUCCGAGUCCUCCUGGGCCGAGUCCGAGUCCUCCUGGGCCGAGUCCGAGUCAGCCCGGGCCGAGUCCGAGUCAGCCCGGGCCGAGUCAGCCCGGGCCGAGUCAGAUCAACUCAGAUCAACCUUGGCUUAGCCUGAGCCCCAGACUCCAAAUAGUUCUAGUUUGGAAUGUUGAAGAAGUGUCCAAUACUUCUAGUUUGGGGUCUGGAAUUCAGGCUACGCAUGAAGUAGAUUGA